GCUGAAUCAUUGUCGAAAAAUCUUGGUCACUGCAAGCACAUACCAUGUCUGGAAUACGACUCUUGUACAUGAGCCAACUCACGGCUUUGGUAUUCUCGCAAUCAAACUCGUCGCUGUUUGAUCCUUGCUCCCACGCACCAGAGGAUGUAAUGGUACGGGACAUCGUGGUGAUAGGUGGAGGGACUUCUGGGACGUAUGGUGCGAUUGGACUGAAAGAUAUGGGUAGAAGCGUUGCAGUAGUUGAGAAGAACCCGCACUUUGGAGGGCAUGUUAAUACAUACACUGAUCCUGAGAGUGGACUUGCGUUAGACUUUGGAGUACAAGGGUAUGGUAAUGAUAGCAUCACCCAAGCUUUCUUCUCCCGGUUCGACAUCCCUCUCAUUCCCUUAAUUCAAGGAAAUGGGGAAAUUAUCGCGGAUUUCAAAACCGGAGAGAAUGUAAGCACUUUAGUGCCAGGUUCUAGCAUGGUCACCUACAGCGAACAGACCAGUAUGCACUACCCAAACCCAGCACUCGGUCUACACCUACCUCAACCUGUUCCGGAAGACCUCCUGCUUCCCUUCAGGGACUUUGUCAACAAGUACUCAAUCCAAAAUGCGACAUAUACCAUCUGGAGGUAUACCAGUCCGGGGAAAGACCUUCUUGACCAGCUUACAUUAUACGUCAUCCUGGGCUGUAACGCAGCUUCUAUACCAUUGCUUGGUGGUCGAGGUCAUGAUGUGAUGACAAGAAAUAAUUCCGAGUUGUUCGGAAAAGCAGAAGAAGAAUUUGGAGACAGUGCUUUGCUCAGCUCUCAAGUCAUUGCAGCAAGUCGGUCUAAUGAUAGCGUUUCGCUCGUGGUGCAGACUCCAACGACGAAGAAACUCAUACUCGCAUCCCAGAUACUUUUCAGUGCACCAAUUGUGCUUGACAAUCUCAACAAUUUUGAUCUUGACGCUCCAGAAUCCGAUCUCUUUUCGCAGAUUUACUAUUCGUAUUGGUACACUGCUUUGGUGACUGAUACGGGAUUACAACCCGGCUAUGUUUACGAACAUGCCGCGAGUGAUACGCUGUACAAUAUUCCUAUAGAGCCCUAUACAUUCCGAGUUGGAAUAACUCGGGUGAGCAACAUUCAUACCGCUUUCUAUGGCUCGAUGGAAGCAUUGUCCGAGACUGAAGUGAAGGCACGGAUAGCAGAGAAUAUCCAAGUUCUUUCUGGUAAUUCGAGCACUCCUCGCUUUUUGGACUUUGCAAGUCAUGUUCCAUUUAAACAGCAAGUUCCCGCCAUAGCUGUUGCAGAUGGUUUCUAUAAUAAGCUCAACGCUCUUCAGGGAUAUCGUGGUAUGCAUUAUACAGGAAAUGCAUUCGAUGCGUCCGGAUCAAGCAGCCUGUUUAAUUUCACUUUGCAGUUGUUACCGAACAUCAACCAAGGCAUUGAUGCUCACCCAGUUGAUCCCAGCAUGGGAACCUGCAACAAUGCUGGAGGAACUUCUGAAGAUACUCCAGCCUCUGAAGGUACUACAAACAGUUCUGAUGAUAUUACAGACACUUCUGACGAUACUAUAGCGGCUACUGAGGAUGGCACAGGGACAUCUGAAGAUACAACGACACAGGUUUCGGAGAAUACUACAGAGACUUAUUAG